UCGGGAGGUGCGGCCCGGGGAGGGGCCAGGAGCGGGAACGUGCCCGGUGCUGCCCAGUCUUUGUCUGCUGCCUCCGGAUGCACAGCGAUGGGGGAAUGGACCAUCUUGGAGAGGCUGCUGGAAGCCGCGGUGCAGCAGCACUCCACUAUGAUCGGGAGGAUCCUGUUGACUGUGGUGGUGAUCUUCCGGAUUCUCAUUGUGGCCAUUGUGGGGGAGACGGUGUACGAUGAUGAGCAGACCAUGUUUGUGUGCAACACCCUGCAGCCCGGCUGUAACCAGGCCUGCUAUGACCGCGCCUUCCCCAUCUCCCACAUACGUUACUGGGUCUUCCAGAUCAUAAUGGUGUGUACACCCAGUCUCUGCUUCAUCACCUACUCCGUGCACCAGUCUGCCAAGCAGCGAGAACGCCGCUACUCAACUGUCUUUCUAGCCCUGGACAGAGACCCCCCUGAGUCUAUGGGGGGUCCUGGAGGAACUGGGGGUGGGGGCACUGGUGGGGGCAAACGAGAAGAUAAGAAGUUGCAAAAUGCCAUUGUCAAUGGGGUGCUGCAGAACACAGAGAGCACCAAUAAGGAAACGGAGCCAGAUUGUUUAGAGGUUAAGGAGCUGACUCCACACUCAUCAGGGCUGCGCACUGCAUCAAAAUCCAAGCUUCGAAGGCAGGAAGGCAUCUCCCGCUUCUACAUUAUCCAAGUGGUGUUCCGAAAUGCCCUGGAAAUUGGGUUUCUGGUGGGUCAGUACUUUCUCUAUGGCUUUAGCGUCCCAGGGUUAUAUGAGUGUAACCGCUACCCCUGCAUUAAGGAGGUGGAAUGUUAUGUGUCCCGGCCCACUGAGAAGACUGUCUUUUUAGUGUUCAUGUUUGCUGUGAGUGGCAUCUGUGUUGUGCUCAACCUGGCUGAACUCAACCAUCUGGGAUGGCGCAAGAUCAAGCUGGCUGUGCGAGGGGCCCAGGCCAAGAGGAAGUCAGUCUAUGAGAUCCGUAACAAGGACCUGCCCAGGGUCAGUGUUCCCAAUUUUGGCAGGACUCAGUCCAGUGACUCUGCCUAUGUGUGAGAGGGCAGGUUUUGGGAAGGCCUGGGGGAUGACAAGUGCCCCAAAGCAGAGGACUGCCCAGAGGUGGCUGUAUCUGCCCUCAUUUAUGUGAUUCUCACCACUAAGAUGUAGGAUAAGACUGGUUAAGAGAAGAUCUUGCACCAGUGGGAAUGGACAAAAAGUAGAACCAUUACUACAUGUCACAUCAUUGGUUCCACAGAGACAAUUGGGUAAAGUGAUGAGAUGGAUGAGUUGGACUUCUCCGGGCCCUUUCUACUCACAGCCCCGCCUGAUCCUGAUAACAGUGAACUUGCACUGCUACCAAGUGGGACUUAGCUCUGCUGAGCUCUGUAUCCUGGUGAAUGGCGUGAGUCAUAUACUUCAUUGAUGCAAAAUUUGUGACCCAUCUCAACAUCCCUUUAUCCUGGGCUGCAGGACAAACAUCCUUGAGGCA